AUGCCUACCCGUUUUUCGAAGACAAGAAAAGCUCGCGGUCAUGUGUCGGCCGGUUACGGUCGCGUUGGCAAGCACCGUAAGCACCCAGGUGGUCGUGGUAUGGCCGGUGGUCAGCACCACCACCGUACCAACCUUGACAAGUUCCACCCUGGUUACUUCGGUAAGGUUGGUAUGAGAUACUUCCACAAGACCAACCAGCAGUUCUGGAAGCCCACCAUCAACCUCGACAAGCUGUGGUCCCUCGUCCCUACCGAGACUCGCGACGCCUACCUUAGCGGCCAGAAGACCGACACCGCCCCCGUUAUCGACCUCCUCUCCCUUGGCUACUCCAAGGUUCUGGGCAAGGGCCGUAUCCCCGAGAUCCCCAUCGUUGUCCGCGCCAGAUACUUCAGCCGGGACGCUGAGCAGAAGAUCAAGGAGGCUGGUGGUGUUGUUGAGUUGGUUGCCUAA